AUCGCAGUGUUUGGGCUCCCGUUAAUUUUCAGGAUAAGGGAAAAGAAACUUGUCAUUUUGCGGCCGCUAGCUCAGGAGCGCCCAGCGAUCUCAAGCCCCUUUCUUACCUGCUGUUUUUUGGCUUAAAAGAAAAUCCGUAAAAAGUGAUUUCCAGAAACCAAAAAGAAACCCAAAGAAUCCUCAUUUAGGAUCUUCGGUGGAGGCCGGGGGAAGUGGAACAGGCGGGGGAGCGGAGGUUGCUGUUCAAAGGUAGCCCUUGAACACAGUGGGUGGGGGUGGGGUUGAAAACCAGUGAAUGGUGAAUGGUAGCGUAUCGGAAGCCACCCAGAUCACGUUUGCUUUGAGAGGACCGCCUGAGUACUGUGAUUAGGUAGAUCAUUAAGAAACUGCAGACUGGCUGGAAGCUUCUCCUCUUCUGUGGUCCCAAUGCCCAUGUCCACGGUGACCUUCCAGCCCUGUACCUUUCUUUUUAUAUGCUAGCCUGAAUAUUUGACUUUCCGGUCUUGAAUCUUCCUCACCUAGCUGCAGACCAUGCAACUGCCUUUUUAUUUACAUGGAGAUGUUAAAUAAUUGGGGAGAUUUGGUCAGGCUGCGGGUUAAGCAUGCUGAUUUGACAUUGUAAGUUGGUUUGUGUUGCUUCCUUUUCGUCUCAUUAAGGACUGCUUUUCAUACCAAGAUCUGCAAAAGAGACACCUUUAGAUUGUUACUUAGUUUGUUGUCUUUGACUUAGUUUUUUUGUCUUUGAAUAAGGCUAACUGCUUCAGAGGCACUCUAGAUAAUGGCAAUAUUGUUUUGUUAGAAAAGAACUUCUCUAGAAAGUGUUACCCUGGUCUGGCUUCCCAGACUGUUUUAAUGGUAACGAGUGUGAGGGGGAGAUGGUUAUUCCUUGCCCCUUACAACUUUCUUUAAUAGCAUUUUUACCAUAUAGUCCCUGAAUGUCACAGUCUCAUUGUACUAUAUCUUGUUCUAAUGAUGCAAUAAAAUGGGACUGCAAUUUUUACUAGAUUGCAGUAGAUUUGUUGGAGAUAUCCAAUUUGUUCUUAUGCCCCAAAUAAAUAAAAAUGUUUGAGGCUAAGAAAGAAUAGAAAAUGACAGAAGAAUGCUAUUAAGAGACAUACCAUUAAAAAACAUCAGUUUGACUUUUGUGAAAUUAUAAUUCUCAGGUUUUCUCAUUCCAGAAGUCAGUGGCAGAGGAUCGAAUUUCACAGCCAUUUUCUUCUGUUGGAGACAUUUGUGUUCUAUAUCACGUGGAACCUUAUGGGAGGAGGAGAGAAUAAUGCCAUGUUUUCUGUAUUUCCCUGUACUUGCUAGGGAAGAAGCUGCUUGCACAACCCUUCGGUCUUGGAUAAUUUCUGGUAGAGAAGCCCCCCAAAUUUAGCAGACAGCGUCCUUUGGCAUCCUGGUCCCCGCUUACUACAUUCUUCACCUGCUGGAACAGAAGGCCUUUGGGAAACAGAUUCCUAAAAGAGCAGGUGGGCCAGCCAUGAGAGGAUACCUCCUGGUCAUAUUCCUGAGUGCUGUCUUCCUCUAUUAUGUGCUGCACUGUAUAUUGUGGGGAACAAAUGUCUAUGGGGUACCACCUGUGGAAAUGAAACGGAGAAAUAAGAUCCAGCCUUGUUUAUCAAAGCCAGCUUUUGCCUCUUUGCUGAGGUCUGAUCAGUUUCACCCUUUCCUGUGUGCAGCUGAUUUUGAAAAGAUUGCUUCCUUGUACGGUAGCGAUAAGUUUGAUUUGCCCUAUGGGAUAAAAAGAUCCGCGGAAUAUUUUCGACAUGCUCUUUCAAAACUGCAGAAUUGUGAUCUCUUUGAUGAGUUUGACAACCUGCCAUGUAAGAAGUGUGUGGUGGUUGGUAAUGGAGGAAUUUUGAAGAAUAAGACAUUAGGAGAAAAAAUCGACUCCUAUGAUAUAAUAAUAAGAAUGAAUAAUGGUCCUGUUUUAGGACAUGAAGAAGAAGUUGGAAGAAGGACAACCUUCCGACUUUUUUAUCCAGAAUCUGUUUUUUCAGAUCCCAUUCACAAUGAUCCUAAUACAACGGCAAUUCUUACUGUUUUUAAGCCACACGAUUUAAGGUGGCUGUCGGAAUUGUUGAUGGGUGACAAAAUAAACACUAAUGGUUUUUGGAAGAAACCAGCCUUAACCCUCAUCUAUAAACCUUAUCAAAUCAGAAUAUUAGAUCCUUUCAUUGUUAGAAUGGCAGCUUAUGAACUGCUUCAUUUUCCAAAAGUGUUUCCCAAAAAUCAGAAACCCAAACACCCAACGACAGGAAUUAUUGCCAUCACCCUGGCGUUUCACAUAUGUCAUGAAGUUCACCUCGCUGGUUUUAAAUACAACUUUUCUGACCUCAAGAGUCCUUUGCACUACUAUGGGAAUGCCACCAUGUCUUUGAUGAAUAAGAAUGCGUACCACAAUGUGACUGCAGAGCAGCUCUUUUUGAAGGACAUUAUAGAAAAAAACUUUGUAAUCAACUUGACUCCAGAUUGAUCCUACAGACUCAAAUGAUGCUUACAGUAUUAGUUUUAUUUUUAUACUGCAGUUUUUAGUUUAUUUUUAAAUAUGUUGGAUGCACUUGUCAAAUAAUUAUGUAUGUGAAGUCUGUUGCUGCCUGGUGAUUCAUAACCACCAGCUUAAUUUCUGUGAAUACUAUAUAUUUAACUUAUGAAAACUAAGAAAUGUUUAGUUAUUAGGGAAAUAAGUUUUGAUUGCAUUGUUUUUAAAAUAAGCUAGUUUUCUAAGGUGUUUUUAAACAUCUUUUUAUAGUUAAUUCAUCUUAGACUUUUGAAGGGAUAUGACUUCCUAAUAAGGGGAUUUAGUUUACCACAAGAUUUUGUCUGUAAAAUGACAUUUUGAGAAGUAUAUUUGGCUACUGUAAACCUGGCUGGUGGGCAAUGGCAUGAGAUUGCACCUUGACCUGGCAAACAGAACCACUUAACUAUGGAAAUCUAAGUUCGGCCUGGUUUAAUUAAGCUUUGUUCUCCCUGCCAUCAGCUAAACCAUGAUCAUGAUGAGUAAUUUGGUAGAAUAAAGAUGGCGUUUUUGUUGUUGUUAAGUUAAAGGAAAUAGGCCAAACAUAAAAUUCUGGAUGAAUAAAUAACUAAAGAAUUACCAAAGUCUAGUGGCUUUGCAUUAUUUUAAAGAAAUAUAAAAGUUUAACUUUAUACCAAGCAGUUGAGCUAGGCAAGCUCAACAAGGAGAAAAUUCUUGAAUAUUUUUUUGCCUGGUUUAUUCAUUAAAUUUUAAAGGCUUUCUCUUUGAAGUAAAUUAGGAAAGGCAAAGACAACAAAGCAAGUAAACCCUUAAGAAGAGUCAGGCUGUUUUUUGGAUUUAAAUGGCAUUUUCAUGAAAAAUCUCAAUUUUUACAUGAAUAAAGCUAAUCUUCAAAUGCAAAGCUUACCUGUCUACCUGUGGUGCACCAGAGAAGUGUCUGAUUGAUGCACACAAGCCAGUGGCACAAAUGUGCUAAGCCAGUCUCCCUUCCCAAAUUUUAAUGCAUAUAAUCAAAGGCAAUUUGGAGGUGGGGGAAGGAGAGAUGAAGAAGGAAGGAAGAGACAAGUAGAAUUUAUAAGAAGGAUGGAGUUAAAAGUUGUCAGAAGAGGUUAAGCUAAAGAAAGAUUUACUGUUUUUUUAACAGUAAGUAUCACUGGGAAACACUGGUGUUGCUGACAACCAACCGGCCUGUCUAAAGAGAGUGUAUAAAGAGUGACAUAUUAGAUCAGGCUCAGAAA